GUGGUUCUCAACUCCAGUCCUCGGGACCCACUGCUCUGCACAUUUUGUAUGUCUCUCUUAUCUGACACACUUAGUUCAGUUCAUGCAGUCUCUCCUAACGAGCUGAUGAUCUAAAUCAGGUGCGUUAAAUAAGGGAUACAUACAAAAUGUGCAGUGGGUCCCGAGGACUGGAGUUGAGAAACACUGCAUUAAAGCACCAUAUAUGUGUACUACUGAGCAUUAACAUGUGUUUUGUGGAGCGGAAGAUAUGAUGACUAGUUGCCUAUAAGUAUUGUAAUGAUGCAAAAAGUCAAACUUCAGAGACAUGUCAUCAAUGACCUUUAUUGGAAUGUAAAUGUACAUCCAAGCUUAACUGCAGGAAUCUGUGAGGGCAACGGACAAGAAAAAUAUGGGUAGUUUUGGUGUACCCAGGGCAGGCUUAGUAACAAUCAGGGCUUGACAUUAACACCCGCCAACCCGCCAAAUGCAGCUAGAUUUCAGCUGUUUCAGUUCACACUGCACCAACAAACUCCAACAAACUCAUCUGUUGGAGUUUGUUGGAUAGGUGUGAUACUCUUGUUGGCGUUGGUCAGAGUCUGUUUUUACUAAACUGAACAUGUUUAAUUUGCGUUUGUUUGGUCAUCUGAGCAUCCAACAAACGGCAACAAACUGACGUAAUCUGACCUGGCCAGGAACCGUUGCCAUGACGAUGAGGCAAGUCCUCUGCAAAGACAGCUGCAAAGAUCGCACCCGCGCCUCAUGCAGACACACAACAAAGCAGUGGAAACGUGACAUUGCAGCUUGUUCAUUAUAAAAUAUAAAAUACAGAAAAAAAAAAAAAAAACAUAUAAAUGGUACAAUUGUCCGUAGUGCAAUCCGUGCCAUUCAGCAAGAGCACUGCUCCACUUCACCGAAAGAGAGGUAUAACACCAUGAGAGCAACGCAGGUUUACCUUCAGUUUCAUUUUAAAUUAACUCGUUAACUCGUUGGCUUGUUUAGCUACAUACUUGUAUAUGACUAUGGGUCACAUAAAUAAAAAGGGUCGCACUAAAAAAAAAAAAGUUUAAAAACCGGUGUAUACGCUAAUUUAUUCAAACGCCUCUCUACCGAGCUACCUAGCUUAAUUUGCAGAGGAUGAAGAGAAAGCACCCGUUUGAUAGCCUAAAUGAACCAGUAGUGGAGAAAUAAUAACUUUUAAGAAUUAAUCUUUUUUGAGUAACGACCCCCAACACUGUCGUCCUUGCUGGAGUGUGAUGUGAUUUGUGACGUGCAGGUACGAUGGAUCACGUACAAACCAAUAGGGUGUCAGAAUGGUAUAUGUUUAUACUUCUCAUCCAACCACAAUCAAAUUCACUCUAUCCAAGUGGCGCAAUUUAUCUGGAUUUUUUUUUUUUCUCAAGCCGGUAUGAAAAGAAGCCGAAAUUAAAUAGGAGUAACGAGGCUAUUUUUAAAAUGUAAGAAGUAGAAAGUACAGAUAAUUGAGUGAAAAUGUAAGGAGUAGAAGUAAAAAGUCGGCUGAAAAAUAAUUAUUGAGCUUGCGGGAGAAGAAGGCGCUUGGAUGAAUGCGGCUUUUAUUCCCCUGCUGCUGUGAGAGGACCGCUCCUACUCCUGUGGUGGAGGCGUCAACCUCCACAAUGAAGGGCUUGUCCGGAUCUGGAUGGACCAGGAGAGGAGCGGUGGCGAAGGCUUCUUUGAGGGUGUUGAAGGCUGCUUCAGCUGUUGUAGUCCAGGACAGAGACUUGGGCUUGGUUGGAUUGGAGAUGGAACUGUAAUUCUGGAUAAACCGUCUGUAGAAGUUGGCGAAGCCAAGGAAACAUUGAAGUUCCUUUACAGUGGUGGGAGUUGGCCAGUUCUUGAUGGCGGCCACCUUCCCCUCUUCCAUCCGGUUGCCACUGCUGUCGAUGUUGUAGCCAAGGAACUGCACUGAGGGUUGAUGGAAGGAGCAUUUUUUGGCUUUGAGGAACAUCUGGAAUUCCCUCAGGCGUUUCAAGACCUCCGCAAUGUGGUGGUGAUGUUCGGCCAUGCUCCGGGAGUAUAUUAAGAUGUCAUCAAUGUAGACCAAGAUGAACUUGUGAAGAAACUCCCGGAGCACCUCAUGUAUGAAGUCCUGGAAUACGGAGGGGGCAUUGACCAAUCCAUAGGGCACGACAAGGUAUUCGUAGUGUCCUGUGGGCAUGACAAAGGCGGUCUUCCACUCAUCCCCCUCACAUAUCCGGAUGAGGUUAUACGCCCUGCGGAGGUCCAACUUGCUGAACACAGUGGCACCACGGAGAUGUUCAAGAGCCGCUGGGACGAGAGGAAGGGGGUACCGGAACUUGACGGUGAUGCUGUUGAAAGCUCGAUAGUCUAUACAAGGCCUCAAGCCCAAGAAGAAGCUGGAAGCAGCAGGGGAAGUUGAUGGAUGGAUGUAGCCUUGAGCCAGGGCCUCCUCGAUGUACUCCUUCAUGGCCUUCUCCUCCGGGAUGGACAGGGGAUAGAUUUUUCCCCUGGGCACUGACUCACCCAGAAGCAGAUCGAUGGCGCAGUCCCAUGGCCGCUGUGGAGGCAGCUUUGAAGCUCUCUUGGGGCAGAAAAUGUCACUGAAGGGGGCGUAACAGGAUGGUAUUUCCACAGAAGGUUUCUCUAGUGGACUCUCAAUGGAUGUUGCACAGACAGGGAGAUGAAUGGAGUUUGGAGAACAUGGAACAGGAAAUUCAGAGAAACAGUCUUUAAAACAGGUGUCGCCCCACUUCAGGACUUCGCCGGUCUUCCAGGAGAGGAUGGGAUUGUGCUGCUCCAACCACGGACGCCCUAAAAUCUGGGCGUCCUGUGGGCGUGACGAAGGCGGUCUUCCACUCGUCCCCCUCACGUAACAAAAUCUGGAUCCUUCCAGAACCAGCAACAAAAUCUUCUCCACAUGAAGUACACCGAUUUAAAGUAGUAGGGGGCCGACACUUCUACUAACUUGCCGUCUGCUUACAGGUUUUCCAGUUAUCGAGUGGAUCUGGUAGGUAGCAGGCAUAGCUGUGGUCUUGAGGUUGAGCUGACGGCAGAGGGCGCUGGAGAUGAAGUUGCCUGCUGACCCAGAAUAUAGGAGUGCGCUAACUGGAAUGGAAACAUCAGCAGCAGUAAGCUUCACAAUCUUAUUUAUAGAAGGUGAAGAUGGCACUCAUUAUGGGAUGAGGAGGACGAAUGGGGCAUGCGGAGAUUACAUGCCCAGGAGCACCACAAUAUAAGUGCAGAUUCCUUCUCUGCCAUUCAGUGGGAGUAAGACGAGUUGUUUCCACUUGCAUGGGUUCGUGGGCUGGUUCUGGAGGGCUGACGGAUUCUGGUCGGCAGAGGACGGUGUUGUGCUGUGGCUGGCCCUGGUGCUCUUCGAGACACGACUGCAUACGAGUGGCGAAGCGGAUGGAGAACUGGAUAAACCGUUCAAAGCCGAUGGUAUCCUCGUAUGCAGCGAGAUACAACUGCACUUGAGGAUCCAAUCCUUGUCGAUAUGUUGUUAGAAGCACUUGUUCAUUCCAUCCGCUCUUGGCAGCGAGAGUUCUGAAUUGAAGAGCCUAUUCAUUAACAGACAUUUUUCCUUGCUUCAAGGUUUAAAGUUUCUCACCAAUAGAUGAAUUCCAGGCUGGUCUUCCAAACACUUCUUUAAAGUGAUCGACGGAACUGUAGUAGGACCGGAUAUCUGGAUGAUUCUGGGACCAGAUGGAAUCGGCCCAAUGAAGUGCUUUGCCGCUCAGCUGCGAGAUAAUGAACGCAACUUUGUAUUGCUCGGUGGGAAAUGUGCGGUUGCAUCUCCAGGACCAGUGAGCAUUGGAGGAGAAAUCCGUUGCAAUCCUCCGCCGAACCAGAGAAGGGCACCGGUUUGGCCAUGGGACUGGCGUACAACAGCGGCGAAGGACUGAUGGCGGUGUUUACGGAAGUGAUUGCUGGUGGUGCUGGAGUGGGAGCUGGGUGCACGGUGAGUGUUCCGAUGCAAAGCAUCCACCAGGUCAGGAUCAGGAUGACUCAUGCUUGUGUCGGUUGGUCUUGAUCCGGUCUUCUGUUACAAUACAGAUGGCUCAGAGACAGAAGAUCACAGUUCAGGUAAUUUAUUGACACAAGCAGAGGUAAUCGUCGAACACAGGUGAGUAAGUGAUGCAGUAAUCAGAGUGAUAGAUGAAUGAAUAUUGAUAUUGUCCUUUUGUGGUUUGCAGCGUGAAUACCGGUGAUGGUCGCUGGAGCAGUUGAGACACAGAAGACAGUUGAACCUCACACACACGAUGGAGACACACGAGGUAACUGGAGAUCGCUGGAGACAGGUAAGUAGCAAUAGUAGUCCUUGAGGUAAGCAUACAGGUAUGCAACAAGUAGUCCUUGUUGCGAACGAGACUGGAUGGUGAGUGACUAUGUGUGAGUGUCUUUCAUGUGUGGGUUGAUUGGUGAGAUGAUUGCGUGCAGGUGUGAGUGAUUAGUACUCAGGAGAGGGUGUGCGUUGUGAUUGGUGGGUGCUGGCGUGUCUGUGACAGCAUUAUUGUUAUUGUAUACUGGAAUGACCCAGUAGGCGUAACUCUUCUGAGAAGCUGUGAUCUGAUUGGUCCUCUCUGCUCUGGUGGGCGGGGCUGUUGUUGUUCUGGUUUAUGACAUCAGAUCCAGAAGAGCUUCAGAGAAGACAUACACUGAAUUUAUAAGAGGCAAGCGCCACUUAAACAGAAAAGAAAAAACAAAACCAUACAAAUUCUCAAAACAAUAACAACACAAACCCUUGAACAAACAUAAUACAUUUAACUAAAUUUAGAGCCAUGGAUAAACUUUAGCUAAUGCAAAAAUAACUCUGUUAAAUCAAAAUCACAUUGAUCAGAACGUCACAUUUUUCUAUGUCCCUCUAAUAUGUAAAAGUUGGUACAUUUUCACCUUUAGAAUUCCCAUAAAAACUUUCCCAUUUGAACCUUCACUAGGCUGGUCUGUUCCUGCAACACACCAGGUACCAAUCAUUUCAAGUCAUUUUAAUCAAAAAUUGAACUUUAACAGUUUUAACUGUUUUAACAUUACAGAUUAGAUGGUUUUUAACUGACUGGUUUUAAUGUUUUAACAUUAAGUCAAAUAAGCCUGUGACUCAGUACAGAUAUUAAAGUUCACCAAUAUAGAAAAGUAUUUUCAUUUAUUAAUCAAUGCAAAGAUGAAACAUAAGAAUCAUGUGUGGCAUAAAUCCUGGCCCUCACAAACACCAUCGAACAGGAUCUACAGUAAGUUGCAGCCUGGAUCUUGAAGUGACACUGAGUGUGAAAUAAUCAGCAGAAAACAAGCAAACACUGACGGUCACAUCAGCAGUGUCAAACUGCAAAGGUGGAGUUUCACAACUCUAAAAACCCUCUCUCACAUCAGUGCGUCUGUCAUUUAUUACUGAUCCAGUUUUGAAGAGUUUGUCUUUUCAUAUUGUGGACUGAAACUGAUGAAGAAAAUGUUUCUGAAAUUAGUUUUUCUCUGUUUGUGUUUGUGGCGUCUGGAUGGUGAGUUUAAAUGUGUUUUUAUGACUUCAGCUGUUUCUGUUCUGGUAUGUGAUAAAUUACUGAUUAUAAAAUUAGUCAGAGGAGAUUAAAAUUAACUUUUUCUCAUAUAGAAAUAAUUAAACUGAUUUUACUGUCAUCAAAUUUGAAUUGAGUCUAUAUUCAGUUGUUCAGGAUAGAUUCAAUAAAUAAACAAAUAUGAAGCUCAGAUAAUCAACAGCAUUAGUAAAGUGUCUUUAUAUAGUUAUUGUUCCACAUAUAAAUCUAUUUUUCAUUCAUCAUCAUUUGUUUUUGUGCUUCUGCAGAAUAUUAACUUAUUAACAUUUAAUGAACUAAAGUAUUUUAGUGAAGCUUCAUCAAACCAACAAGAAUGAUUUUAAAGCUUUAAUCUUUGAAAAACUGUUCUUCAGGAGUGUUUGGUUAUAACGUGAUUGUGGAUAAAGGAGAUUCAGUCACUCUAAACUCUGAUCGUACUGAAAUGAAGGAUGAUGAUGUGAUUCAGUGGAGGUUUGAAAACACUUUAAUAGCUGAAAUCAAUGUAACGGCCGACAGAUUCACUGUAUAUGAUGAUGUUCUUGAUGGGAGAUUCAGAGACAGACUGAAGCUGGACAAUCAAACUGGAUCUCUGACCAUCACAAACACCAGAACUGAACAUGAAGGACGUUAUGAACUAGAGAUCAACAGUGUGAGAAAUAGUUUCAAUCUCAUUGUCUUUGCUGUAAUAUCAGUGAAUAAAGGAGAUUCAGUCACUCUAAACUCUGAUCUUACUGAGAUGACGGAUGAUGAUCAGAUUUACUGGAUGUUUGGAAAUGGAAAUCAUUUCGCUUCAAUAGCUGAUAUCAAUAAACAGUACGACAUAUUCAGUGUACAUAAUGAUUAUAGAUUCAGAAACAGACUGAAGUUGGACAAUCAAACUGGAUCUCUGACCAUCACAAACAUCAGAACUAAAAAUGCUGGAGUUUAUGAACUACAGAUCAACAGAGUGACCGAGAGGUUUAUUCUCACUAUCUUUGAUGAAGUGAAGGAAGUGUCAGUGAAGGAGGGAGAUUCAGUCACUCUAAACUCUGAUCUUAUAGAUCGUGAGAAUUUGUGGAGGUUUAAAAACACUUUAAUAGCUCUCACCAGUAAACGGUUCAACAGCUUCACUGUAUAUGAUGAUGUUCUUGAUGGGAGAUUCAGAGACAGACUGAAGCUGGACAAUCAAACUGGAUCUCUGACCAUCACAAACAUCACAACUGAACAUGAUGGAGAUUAUGAACUAGUGAUGUAUUCAUCAGAAUUCUCAUCUGAAACAUUCAGAGUUUCUGUCUAUAACUCUGUCCACUGUUGUGGUCCUACUGAAGCUGUGAUCCGAUUGGUCCUCUCUGCUCUGGUGGGCGUGGCUACUGUCAUUAUUCUGGUUUAUGACAUCAGAUCCAGCAGAGCUGAACGAGAUCAAGAACAGAUUCACACAUCAGGAAACUAAAUGAUGUAAUUUCUCAUAACUAUUUCAAUCAUUCAUUUAUUUUAUUGGCUUUAUAUUCAUCUGCUGGUAUCGAUGUUCAUUUAUUGGCGGCUCAUUUCCACCAUUAAUGCUCAAAAUAUCAAAUGCAAAUGUUUGUAAGGAUAAAUAUACUGAAGAUACCAAAGAUUGCGUUGCUCAUGCUAGAUUAGUUAGUAUAACAUGCUUUAUUUCAGGGUUAUUAUUGUUCAGUCAGAGCUGGUUAAUGGUGUUCAGAUCAGACGUCUCUAAUAGUAAUAAUGAAGCUCCUCUACUGGCUGAACGCAAACACACUGAAAUACAAUAUAUAUCUCUCUCUGUCUGCUUUUUUGUGUCAGAUUUUUACAGUUCAAUUGAAUGGCUUUAUUGUUUAUAUUUUCCUCAGAUAAGAGACACAAAUCUCUCUUUACUAUAUUUGUUAUAUAUGUAUUUGCUUGACUUUAUCAAUAAA